AUGGCCUAUCAACCACAGCCACAGCAGCAGCAUCAAGCACCGCCGUCGAGGAGCUUUCCGUCCUUUGGAUACUGCGACUCUUACUUUGUCGAGAACCAUGAUGACGAGGGCAUCUACGCUCGAGCAGCCGCUGAGCGGGAGCGGGCUCGUAACGUUGCGAAGCUGAGACAGAAAGGCAUCGCCGAAGAGUUGUCUCGCUCCACUGCUGAAGAGUACCAGGAGGAUGUUCUCGACCACAUGGAGUACAUGCAGGAGCUCACAAUGCCCGACAUCCAGUCUAUCGAGAUCCAGACCGAGAUCCAAUGGUUUAUGAGGCCUUACCUUCUGGACUUCCUCCUCGAAGCUCAUCAUGCCUUUCAACUACUUCCGGAAACUCUACACCUCGCCGUCAAUCUCCUCGACCGCUACUGUUCAAAGCGAGUGGUUUACAAGAGGCAUUACCAGCUCGUGGGCUGCGCAUCCCUCCUGAUUGCUGCCAAGUACGGCGAUAGAAAAGAACGCGUCCCAACGAUACGAGAGUUGAAGUCCAUGUGCUGCUCGCUGUACGACGACGACAUGUUCACGCAGAUGGAGUGGCACGUUUUGCAGACACUCAACUGGGUCAUCGGCCACCCAACUGUCACGAGCUUCCUCCAGUUGGCAUUGACCGAAGUGGCCUUCGACCCGGAACUGGAGCAUAUGUCGUGGUACAUUUCGGAGUUGGCUUUGUACCACAAAGAUUUCAUCCCAGUGCGCCCAUCGGUCAUGGCGAGGUCGUGUCUUGCUCUUGCAAGAUGCAUCCUCUCUCGACAACAAUCAAGAUACGACGAGUGGUCCUCGCGGUACGACCCACAAGUGGUUCUCAACCUCUCGAAUCACCUUGCCCACCCAUCCCAAGCGCUGCUCAGGAAAUACGCUUCGCCUCAUCUAUCAUCGGCAUCAACGACCAUUGAUCUGUUCCUCAAGCACCAGGCGAUGCUUGCUCAGCGUGUCUCCCAAGCGCCUGUAAACGAGCUGCCUCGCAUGGAAAUUGACUCUAUCCCGGCCGCGAGUCACUACCUCACGCCUCAGACACCCCAAAAGCCUGGCUACGUCGGUGCAACACACGGCAUGCUGACGCCGCCCAUCACGCCGGACAAGGUGGAAAACCUCACCACGAUGACCUAUGGUCUCAAUCAGGGUCUGCGAAGAGUCCAAUGUGCACCAACACCACCGCCCAAUGAGCAUACCCAGCUCAAUGGAUUCGCAGCCGCACCGCCGCAACAGUACAUACCACAACCACAGUUCGUCCGAUAG